AUGGCAUCGACUUCGAACGUGUCCGUGAUCAACGGCGACUCAUCCUCCGGCUGCACCGCCGACCCUAACGAAGCUCGACGACUUCAGGAUGAGCGCCUUCAACUCUUCAUCGUCGACGACGAAACCCCCAACCCGAUGAUGCCCCACAUGACGACCUCUUCCCAGAAGUCCAUCGCCAAGCACAAGAAGAAGACGGCGAAGAAGAUCAACGAGAUCAUGUCCAAGGUCCAGCGAUGAGUACCUAAGAUGAUGUACCUCUGAUAUUUGGAGAGGGGAAGUACUCAUUCGUCCACAAAUACUGAACUGUAAGUAUACAGCACCCUACUGAGACAGAGAAAGACGCUUACAUGAUUUAUUGACUAGAUCCCAAGCCCAGAAGCCCACCUUCCCCGCCAAGUCGGGAGGCCGUGGCACCACAACGCUGUCCCGGCACCAAGCACCGAUCCGGCCCCACUCGACCGUGGGUUCACGGCUGUGUGUGCUCCGUUGCCCCGGACCCGAAAGCCUAAUAGCGGGGCGGGAUCCCACGUUCGCCAAAAGGUGUGACGUGUAACGCAACCCAGAGUUCCCCGCCCAACGUGCGACAUUCAGUCCAGGCACAACGAGACCCGGCGGGCAUUUGUCGACGCUGAUUGCACACCCGCCGCGCCCUCGUUGCAUGGAUGGUGCGGCUUGACCUCGAUUGGCUGCAGAUCCCCAGCGCCGCGAGCAAGGUGAGUGACAGGCUGACAGCUGGUCUGAAUGCCUUGCAGCGAAGACACAGGCGAACCAUGCACGUCGGAAGUACAUAAUGGCAAUACCCACCCACCCCCUCCAGUUCUCUCGCUUCCCCAUCCCGUCCCAUCAAACGCUACCUGCCCGACCAAACCCGUUUUCCUUUCAAACACGAUCGUUUCGUUUCCGACCUCGUCACAUCACUGCAACAAAACCCCAACAUCGGGGAUUUUCGACCCUAGGCCCCCCCUCGGUUACGCUCCAACCAAGAAGCCACCGCCAUGGGUUGCUAUUGGUGACCGACCGACCAGCCAUUGUCAAAGCGCGCCCUCUCCGCAACAGCGGCGCAAAAACGCAUGCAACCUCCCGCGCGCGAUCUCAGUAAC